AUGGAUGUUAUUGUAUGCUUCCGAAGUGAAAACGAUGAACAAUGUUCAGACCUGUUCAUUGGCGAGAACAUCAAGCAAGGGGCUGGCCCAGAACAGAAUUAUUGUGUUUACUGUCAUCAAAAUUGUAUUGAGAAGACUGAAUUAAUUGAAUUCAUUGAUCGUGAACAACCUGUAGUUAAGAUAUUUAUGCCAGAUGCAGAGGGUGAUGAGAAGAAAUCAAUCACGUGUUCACUCCAAAAGAAGUAUGUUGCAUGUUAUACCGAUGGGUUAGGUAUACAGUUCCUAUUUCCUGCACAGUUUCCAAUUUUAAGUGAUUCAGAAAGAAGACAACGGUUUUACAAAAUAAUUAUGGAGUGUGACCGUAAUAAAAUAUCUGUAGAUAAGAUGAUGGAUAGAGUGAGAAGAACAGACGUAUUUGGUGUUUUAUGGUCCAGUGCUAGUGACUGUCGAGAUGCCCUCUGUAGGGCAUUAAUCUACUCAGAUUUACAUUUAUUUGUGUAUUCUAUUGUGAAAGAUUUUCUCUAUACAGAAGUGUGUGAGAAUAACGUAAGAUCAUUGUUAGAGGUAAUAAUAGAGGAAGUGCAAGCUCAAGAAUAUUCUUUUUUUCCAGAUUUAGGCAGUGAAUCUCCCACGGCAAAUAUCGACGAGGAUGCUUGUGUUGAUGACGAGGUAACGUUAUGUCAUGAGAUAUUACAAAGAGCUCGCGCCAAAAUUUCAACUGAUGUAGAUCGCGCAACAAUUUUCGAAUUAUGUAAAAAAAGGGAAAAUGGAUUGAAGAAGGGGGUCAGAUUGGGAAAUAAACUUUUGCACACUGUUGCGAGUUUUUUAUUACCAAAUGAGUUUUUAAUGAACGAUUUAUCUAUCGACAUUAGGAAGAACCUUGAAGACUUCAGAUACGCCCGGAAAGAUGAAUGCAAAUUCAUGUUUGAUAUUGGAAAUAAGAAACAGGAAUUUAUUAGUGUUGUUGAAUUUGCAUCAAGAUUUAAAAAUAUUCGUCAAGUGGAAGCUACAAUGUAUGUUGUUCGAUACAAUGGGGAAGAAAAAUCUCUAACUAGUUUCCUUGCAAAGUGGAAAAAGAUAGUAAAAAAAGCAAAGCUGUCCAUUGUGGAUAUUUCUAAUAUGUUAGGACGAAUUAGUUGUAUUACUGAAAUUCUUUCUGUUCAGUAUACAACAAGAGACGGUGUAAUUGGUCGGUUUGUUCCUAAAAUUCAAGUAUUAUUGGAGCAUUACACAAAUUUAGAAAACUCAAUUAUUGUUAAUUAUCACAGAACAAGACAUGAUGUUUUUGAAGAAUUAUAUUAUGAACUGAAAAAUGAUAUUCAAGAAGCAUCUCCCUCUAUUCAAAAAUUCAAUGUAUGUAAUAUAUUGCCUUCAAUCUUGAGGCUUUUGCAUGAACCAGGUACCUCUUCAAGUUUAAAAAAAGAAUUUAGAGUUAUGCCAGUGUAA